CGGCGGACGCCUCGCCGGAGCGCCCGGCGGCCGCGAAGCGGCGGCUGAUGGCGGAUCUGCGGCGGCUCUGCCCCGCGUGGUACGCCGAGCUCGGGGCGGGCAUCGCCGGGCUCACCAACAGGACGGCGGCGGAGCUCGCGACGCUGGUGGAGGAGGCGCGGCUGCGGCCGGAGCGGCAGGCGGGCGGCGCGGGGAGCGAGGCCGCCGGGCCGGGCGACGCCUCCGAGCCGGAGCCGCUCGGCGCGGAGAGCCGCGGCGCCACGGUGGCCGAGCUCAGCGCCGAGGCCGGAGCGGCGCGGCGGGAGUGCCGCAGCGAGUACCUCAGGCGGGACGCGAUGUUCCAGGCGGAGGUCGACGAGGACAGCCUGCCGCUGCGGAGGA